AUGGGAGCUUGCGUGUCGACGCCUAAGAGCUGUGUAGGAGCGAAGCUUAGGUCAAGUAAACAGCGAAGGAAGAGUCGUAGGAGACGAAAGAUUCAAAGGAAGAGAGCUGUUUCUUCUCGUUUCUCUGACGGAUCUUUCGACAAUCUCGAUCAACCUCGUAACUUCUCCAAUCCCAGUUCCCGAGCAAAUGGCGACGAAGCAUGGUUUGAGUCUAAUGCCGCGUUUGAAACAGACUGUGAUGAUGAUUUCCAUAGUGUCAAUGAAGAUGCGUUGUCUUUAAACGGAGCUGAGCGUGUUUCACUCUCGAGUACUACAACCACAUCAUCAACACGAGACUCUGACAUAGGCAACUCCUCAAACUCAAACGAAGUGAUGUCACAGUCAAAAUCAGAUGGUGGCUUAAAUGACACAAGGCAGCCUGAUUUGAUAGAUUCAUCUGCAGAUGAAGGACUCUUGGAUAACUGCAGGAUUUUGCCGAGUAAUUGUUUGCCUUGUCUGAAUCCAACAACUGUUGUUCCUUCUGUUGAAAAGAGAAGGUCUCUUAGCUCUAGCCCUCCCAGUACAAGGAGAAAAGCGUCUCUUAAAUUAUCGUAUAAAUGGAGAGAAGGUCAUGCUUCAGGAGCCUUGUUUUAUUCUAAAAUGCACUUGAAGAGACCGAUAGCGGGUUCUCAGGUUCCUUUCUGUCAAAUUGAAAAGAAAAUGCUCGAUUGUUGGUCAAUUAUCGAUCCCAAUAGCUUUCGGGUUCGUGGUAAAACAUAUUUCAGGGAGAAGAAGAAAGAGUUUGCACCUAGCCAUGCUGCGUAUAACCCUUUUGGUGUCGAUGUUUUCUUAUCGGAACAUAAAAUAAACCAUGUUGCACAAUAUGUCAAACUUCCCGUUACUACCACAUCCGCAAAACUCCCAUCUAUCCUUGUUGUAAAUGUCCAGAUUCCAUUGUAUCCAACUGCAAUCUUUCAAGCUGAAUCUGAUGGAGAAGGAAUGAAUAUUAUUUUAUACUUUAAACUUUCGGAUAAUUAUUCAACGGAACUUCCGCUCCAUUUUCAAGAAAGCAUUCGGAGAUUAAUUGACGAUGAGGUUGAGAAAGUUAAAGGCUUCCCUAUGGAUACGACCGCGCCUUUUAGAGAACGGCUUAAGAUAUUGGGCCGUGUUGCAAACGUAGAUGAUCUCCAAUUGAGUGGUCCAGAGAAAAAACUGAUGCAGGCUUAUAACGAGAAACCUGUUCUUUCGCGCCCACAACACGAAUUCUACUUGGGAGAAAAUUACUUUGAGAUUGAUAUCGAUAUGCAUAGAUUCGGUUAUAUAUCCCGGAAAGGAUUUGAAACAUUCAUAGACAGACUCAAGAUAUGUGUUCUUGAUGUUGGCCUCACAAUUCAGGGGAACAAACCGGAAGAGCUGCCGGAGCAGAUUCUGUGUUGCGUCCGGCUAAAUGGGAUUGAUUUCAUGAACUAUCAUCAGUUAACUCAAGAAGUCCAUUGA